AUGGCUGCCCAAAAUGUCAACAUCCUUCUGGCGACCUUCCCGGGACUGGCGCUCCCCCCGACACUUUCAUUCGCCUUGCCUUCGACAGCGAGCAUCUCGGAUCUCACAGAGAAAGUCGCUUCCUACCUACCUCCAGCGCUCUCUCUUGACUCACUCGUCUUAACCACCACAAAUAACAAGCAACUCAGCCCAUCUGCGCAAUGUAUUGGGUCAAUCCUUUCUUCCUCCGGUGGCAACUCCAUCUCUACCCUCCUCCCGCUCCGCCUGACUGCGCCUAUGUGCGGUGGUAAAGGUGGUUUCGGAUCUCAACUACGUGCCGCGGGUGGUCGCAUGUCCAGCAAACGCAAGCGCAACCAAGGCGACAACAACAGUUCCAGUCGCAACCUCGAUGGGCGCCGUUUACGUACCGUGAAUGAAGCUAAAGCGCUCGCCGAGUACCUUUCUGUCAAGCCUGAAAUGGACAAGAAGGAGAAGGAAGAGCGUCAGCGCCGGUGGCAAGCUGUUGUUGAGGUCGCAGAGAAGCGCCAAGAUGAAAUCAAGAACGGCAAUGGGAAGGGAAAGGUGGACGGUCAGUGGAUGGAAGACAAGGAAGAAAUGAAUGAGAAGGCUCGCGAAGCGGUCUUGCAGGCCAUGAAGGACGGUGCUUGGACGGACAAUCUGCGGGAUGCGAUAUUGGGCGGCUCUAGCACCAGCGCCAGUGAUGAAGGCAGUGACGACGAUAUGGCGUCCAGUGAAGAUGAGAGCGAAGAAAAUGGGGAAUCAAGCGCUGCUGGGUCCUCCAAGCCUCAAAAGGCCGCCCCUCGAAAGUUCAUUGGGUUUGAUGAUGACGAUGAGUUCAUGAGUGACUCCGAGGAGGAAAUCGAUGAAACCACCAAGGGCAAGGGAAAGGCUCGUGCUUGA